UUUUUUCACAUCUUUGUUGCUGUAUUUAUAUACUUUCAGGCUCUGGUUAGCCAUUCACAUAUUCCACGGCAGCCAUUAGAGUCGCUUUCUAAGCACGAGCAUUCAUCCGAUCUCAAUCACCUCCUCGAAGAGCAACAUCAGUACCAGCAACACGUUUAUUCGAAGGAUACAGCGACUGAUGAAUUGUCUCAUAGCUCCUUGAUGAUUAAAGCAAUGAUUGCUCUGCUAGGCAUACACCUUUUCUUCGUUACCGAACGCCUGACUAUUCUUUUGCAAAACUAUCGCUCGCGAAAACGAAUCAAAAAAAGACAUUCUUCUGUAACUAAGGUUGCCCAGAUUUAUCCUCAUUCCCCUACCUCUUCUUUGCGUGCUGAAAAGGGCUUCGGUCGUACUAUCGAAGAGGGUAUUGAUCAUUUGCAUCAAAAUCACGCUGGAAUACCAUCGACCACCACAACAACUUUUACUGACAUUGGCAGCAAAUCCGGCCCUUCUUUGGAACAACCUAGGCCCAAUCAUACUGCUGGUGGAACUGGGAAUGAGUUUCAGCAUCACCAUCUAAUGUUGCAUCACAGACACGGACACCAUCUGCAUCAUCUUCACCAUCACCAUGUGCAUCAUCAUCACUUACUACUCCACACUCGCAAGUCGGACACCGAACAAGCAAUUCCAGUGCAAUCUCAUCUUCCCGGGCAAUUAUCAGCCUUGCCUCUUGCUCCGCUCCCUGAGCCGCCUAGCAGAAUUGGUGAAUCCGAGAAAGAUGAAAAAAUCACGACUUCUCAAGACCUAGGCCUCAUGGCCGUACAAGAGAUGGGUGACAAGAGGGAGCUUAAUAAGGAUAAUAACUUGGUUAAUCGGCCU